CUCCGUGUGCCUAUCUUGUACCUAUCAGAGCAGCAGGCUGAAGUUUCUCACCGCUGAUGGUGAAUAGCUACUGCUGCGGUGACGGGCGGAGGAGAAGAAGAAGCCGCAGAAGGAGUCAGCAGUGGCAGAGGAAUGAGAGCGCGGAGUUAGUCUGAUAGAUUUACUAGUAUUAUCUGUAUCAUCGAAUACUUACAAACCCCAGAAGGGAAGGGAAGGGAAAGAAUCCGGGAAAGAUGGCGGCCGCGGCCUCGCCGGGCUCCGGCUCGUCCACCUCCUCAGACUGGAUUGUACUGAGAGACGGUUGCCUGCGUUGCGACGAGGAGGGCCUGCGAAGCCUGUCCUACCACCCGGCCCUCAACGCUAUCCUGGCCGUCACCAGCCGCGGCAGCAUCAAAGUGAUUGACGGCACUUCUGGGGCUAUCCUCCAGGCUUCAGCUCUGCACGCUAAGCCCGGCGGCCGUGUCAGGUGUCAGUACUUCCCCGCAGUGGACAAGGUGCUUUUUGUGGACGACUAUGCAGUGGGAUGCAGGAAGGACCUGAACGGCAUCCUGCUCCUGGACACAGCACUGCAGCCUCCAGUGGCCAAGCCUGAGGACAUGGUCCAGCUGGAGCUGCCGGUAACAGAGGCCCAGCAGUUGCUGUCAGCCUGUCAGGAAAAGAUCGACGUGUCCAACACAGAGGGCUAUGAACUCUUUAUCACCCAACUCAAAGAAGGCUUGAAGAAUACCUCACAUGAGACAGCAGCCAAUCACAAAGUGGCCAAGUGGGCAACAGUGACCUUCCACCUGCCCCACCACGUGCUGAAGCUGGUGGCCAGCGCCAUCGUCAACGAGCUGAAGAAGAUCAACCAGAAUGUAGCUGCCUUGUCUGUGGCCUCAUCCAUCAUGGACAGGCUCUCCUACCUCUUGUCGAGUGCCAGGCCUGAGCUUGGCGUCGGCCCCGGCCGCUCUGUAGAUAGAUCUUUGAUGUACAGUGAGGCCAACAGGAGGGAGACGUUUACGUCAUGGCCACAUGCUGGUUACAGGUGGGCUCAGCCGGACCCAAUGGCUCAAGCAGGGUUUUACCAUCAGCCUGCCUCCACAGGGGACGACAGGGCCAUGUGUUUCACCUGCAGUGUGUGUUUGGUCUGCUGGGAACCCACAGAUGAGCCAUGGUCAGAACAUGAGCGACAUUCUCCGAACUGUCCGUUUGUAAAGGGUGAGCACACGCAGAAUGUGCCGCUGUCGGUGACGCUGGCCACCAGCCCCGCCCAGUUCCCAAACGGCCCCGACAGUUUGGACAAGAUCGCCUGCUACGGCUUUGGCAGCUGCCCACAGUUCCUCGCUGCUGCCACCAAGAGGGGCAAGAUCUGCAUCUGGGACGUCUCAAAAAUGAUGAAGGUGCACUUGAAGUUUGACAUCAACCCGUAUGACCCAGCCAUCCUGAGGCAGCUGAUCCUGUGCAGCGGUGAGCAGAACCAGCAGACGCUCAGCGAGUCUCGGAGACCAACUCUAGCCUGGCUCGAGGAAUCGUCGUCCUGCUCAGACCUGCCCAAGCUUGAGGGAGACAGUGACGACCAGCUGGAGGAUUCAGACAGCGAUGAGCAUUCCCGGUCAGAGUCUGUAACAGGCCAACCCUCUCAGUGGGAGAGCAUGGAUGUGAGCCUCGGGGUGACGGCGCUGAGUGUUCUCCAGCAGCCGGAGAAGCUGCAGUGGGAGGUGGUGGCCAGUGUGUUGGAGGACACUGUCAAAGACCUGGAGGAGCUGGGGGCCAACCCCUCACUAAGUCAGGCCAAGGCCCACAGCCAGGCCAAGGCCAAGGACAAGCUCCCCGACCACAACAUUCCCUUCCCCUGCCUGCUGUCUGGAGGCCUGCUCAGCUACCGCUCCGCCUCCAGCACCCCUACGGCUGGACCCCUGGCCUCAACGCGCAGGACCACAGAUGAUCCCCUUAGGACUCAGGGCCCUGAGCCUCUGACGGACCACGGCCCCAUGGAGAUAGAGACCUGCAGCAGCCAGACGGCAGCCCCAGAGCCGGGCUUCUCGAACUCAGCGGGCUCCCAUCCUCCCAGCCCGUCUUCUGCGCCGGCCGUGCGCAGGACUGUCCCCGUGCUGCUACUGUACAGCAUCCGAGAGGUGGACGACAAGUCCUCAGGGCAGGUGUUUGCUCAGAUGAAUAAUCUGAUGAGCAAAGGACUCCACGAGGAGGGCUUCACUGUGCCACAGAUCAUAGAGAUGGAGUUCGACACACACGAACAGCUUCUCCUUCAGGAUCCUCCCAUCACUUACAUCCAGCAGUUUGCAGAUGCAGCGACGAACCUGGCCGGGUUAGACGGACACGUGGACAAAUGGAGCAAUCUGGCCGCCGCCACGGUGUCGACCCCUCCCAGACCCGGAGCCCUGGUGCAGUGCCUCCGGCUGCCAAAGCAGCUGGAGGAGGAGAACUUGUACGUGGACUCCAUUACUCCGUGCUGGGAUGGGGUGCACCUUCUGGUGGGGCUACAGCCGUGUGGGGCUGAAUCUCUGAGUGCAACAAACCAGGUGGAGGCCCUCAAUAAUCUGAACCGCCUUCACUCGGCCCUUUGUGGUCAGCACAAAGGAGACCCCCUGCACACAGUGGCCAAUGGGGUGGAAGGCCACCAUCAAGGGGGGUCACCACCUCAGACUCCCCUCAUUCUUCCACCAGGUGAUCAACAGCAGAGGUCCCUUGGUGGUGGGAGUGGAGGGGGCUACCUUGCACUCUACAAACUCAACUACUCCACCCGCAUCGUCACCUUGGAUGAGGAGCCGGUCAAGGUGCAGCAGAUCAGGGACCCGUCUGACGCCAUCACCUCACUCAUUUUACUUCCUCCAGACGUGCUUGACAGCAGGGAGGACGACAGUGAAGAGGCUCCUGAGGAGUCUCUCCCUUCUGGUCCAAAAAAUGGCUCAUCUGGGUUUGGACCAGGCCCGGCAGGCUCUGUAGCUGCUUCUACUGCUGGAUCUGGGACUGCAUGUGGAGCAGCCGUGACCCCCAGCAGCUGCAGCAGUAACGCACCGGUCACCAGCCCCUCCGCCUCGGUGUCCGGACACAAAGAGUGCAAACGGCUCGAGGUGUCGGGUCUGGGCCACCUGGUGGUCACCACACGGGCUGGGUUUAUCAUGAUCCUGGACCUGUCCACGUUAGAAGUCCUGGCUAAGGUGGAGCCACCUAAGAAAGACGGGUCAGCGGAGGAGACGGACCCGUUUGUAUCGGUUACCUAUUGCUCUGGGACCGACCGCCUUUGUGCCUGCACCAAAGGUGGAGAACUUCAUUUCCUUCAAAUUGGAGGAGUGUGUGACGAUGUAGAUGAUGGAGACAUGUUUAUCGAUGGCCCCCUUUCUAAAGGGGCUGAACUGCUGCUCGAGGGGGCUAAGCCCUCCUCCAACCCCUCUAGUCCUGGGAUCACAGGAGUAGACCUCCUGGUGGACCAGCUGCUGACCACAGAGAGCCUGAUGUCGCUGGUGGAACUGACCCGCUUUGAGACGUUGACCCCUCGCUUUUCGGCCACAGUGCCACCGUGCUGGGUGGAAGUUCAGCAGGAGCAGCAGCAGAGACGCCACCCACAGCACCUUCACCAGCAGCACCACGGAGAUGCCACGCAGCACACCCGCACGUGGAAGCUGCAGAGCGACAGCUCCAGUUGGGACGAACACGUGUUUGAACUGGUGCUGCCCAAAGCCUGCAUGGUGGGCCACGUGGACUUCAAGUUUGUGCUGAAUGCCAACAUCGUCAACAUUCCUCAGAUCCAGGUCACUUUACUGAAGAACAAAGCACCAGGGCUGGGCAAAGUCAGCGAGACGGCAGUGGACAGGCAGAUCUCCUUUCCCCUCUCAAACGUCCUCCAUGCCAAUGGGGAGAGGAACGGCCAACCUCUGCUGCAUGACUUCACUGAGGACAUUCAAUUCAUGGACAUCGAGGAGACGUCAGGCUCUAUGCUGUGUCCGUUCCUGGAGGAUCACAAAGAGGAUAUUUUAUGUGGUCCGGUGUGGCUGGCCAGUGGGCUGGACCUCUCUGGCCACGCAGGCAUGCUGAGCCUCACCAGCCCCAAGCUGGUGAAAGGCAUGGCAGGAGGGAAGUACCGCUCCUUCCUGGUUCACAUCAAAGCGGUGACAGAUAAAAGCAUGGAGGAGAGCCCUCGGCCUGUGGUCAGGAUGCCCAGUGCCAAGCCCCAGAGCUCCAAAGGCCACUCGCUGUCCACGCUGCUGCAGAGGGCACAGGCCUCCAAGGAGAAGGUCUCUGCUGUGAAAACCGAGUCCCCGACUCCUUCAAAGAAAGUGGAAAACCUGCGAGGAUGUGACCUUCUGCAGGAGGUUUCAGUCACAAUCAGAAGGUUCAAGAAGACGUCAGUAACCAAAGAGAGGGUCCAGCGCUGUGCAAUGUUGCAGUUCCCGGACUUCCACGAGAAGCUACUAGAUGCGUUGUGUCGGCGAACAGAGGGCAGUCCAGCCACUGAGCAUGCUCAGAGCCUCAUCCUGGACAUUUUGUGCUGGUUGGCCGGAGUUUUCUCCAACGGGCCGUGCAGUUUAAAAGAAGGGAAGGAGGGUCUUCUGGUAAAAACCAGGACGAGGCUAACUGACAUUGUUCGGGUUUGCUUCUUUGAGGCCGGACGGAGUAUAGCACACAAAUGUGCUCGUUUUCUUGCACUUUGUAUAAGUAAUGGGAAAGGGGACCCGAGUCAACAGGGUUUUGGAGUGAGUCUUCUCAAGGCGCUCCUGGACAACAUGCCUUACUUACCUGCAGCAGCAACAGGUGGGUCGGUGUUCUGGUACUUCGUGUUGCUGAACUAUGUGAAGGAGGAGGACCUGGCGGGCUGCAGCACCGCCUGCGCCUCUCUGCUUACAGCCAUCUCUCGACAGCUGCAGGACCGCCUCACCCCACUGGAGGCGCUGCUGCAGACCAGGUACGGCCUGUACAGCUCACCCUUUGACCCGGUGCUCUUUGACCUGGAGGUCAGUGGUUCCUCCUGUAAGAAUGCCUUCAAUAGCAGCAUUGGAGUCCAGUCAGAUGAGAUUGACCUCUCUGACAUUCUCUCAGGGAAUGGAAAGGUGAGCAGCUGUGCGGCAGCAGAGGGCAGCUUCACCGCACUAACAGGACUUUUAGAGGUGGAGCCUUUGCACUUUACUUGUAUCUCUACUAGUGACGGCACAAGAGUGGAGCGUGAUGAUGCCAGCAUGUUCACUGUGAGUACAUUCGGGGUGACCCCCACAGUUGGCGGCCUAUCCACAGGCACAGUGGGUGAAGCGUCUACGGCUCUGAGCUCUGCAGCUCAGGUGGCUCUGCAGUCUCUGUCCCACGCCAUGGUGUCUGCAGAACAGCAGCUGCAGGUCCUGCAGGAGAAACAGCAGCAGCUGCUCAAGCUGCAGCAGCAGAAGGCCAAGCUGGAGGCCAAACUGCACCAGACCACCUCUGCAGCGGCGGCUGCAGCCUCAGGCGUGGGCCACCUCCACAACUCUGUGCCUUCCAACCCCUCCUCAGCUCCGGGGUUCUUCAUCCACCCCUCUGAUGUCAUCCCCCCUACGCCCAAAACCACACCCCUCUUCAUGACCCCUCCCCUCACACCGCCCAAUGAGGCGGUGUCGGCAGCCUUCAGCGCUGAACUGGCUCACCUGUUCCCCGGAUCCAUGAUGGACCCUGGACCUGUCAACCUGGCCACGCACAAGAACACCCAAAAAGCCAAACCAGGCCCGAUGGGCAGCGGUCUGGCUCUGGCCAUUUCCCAGGCGUCUCACUUUCUUCAGCCGCCUCCUCAUCAGUCCAUCAUCAUAGAGCGCAUGCACUCAGGAGCUCGACGUUUCGUCACUCUGGACUUCGGCCGUCCCGUCCUGCUGACCGAUGCCCUCAUCCCCACUUGCGCCGACCUGGCCUCUCUGUCCAUCGACAUCUGGACUCUGGGGGAGGAAGUGGACGGCCGUCGACUGGUGGUGGCCACUGACAUCAGCACCCACUCUCUGAUUCUGCACGACCUGCUGCCCCCGCCGGUCUGCAGGUUCAUGAAGAUCACUGUGAUUGGCCGCUACGGAAGCACCAAUGCUCGGGCAAAGAUCCCGCUGGGCUUUUACUACGGUCACACAUACAUACUACCGUGGGAGAGCGAGCUCAAACUGAUGCACGAUCCUCUGCGGGGAGAGAGCGAGGCAGCGAGUCAGCCUGAUGUGGAUCAGCACCUGGCCAUGAUGGUGGCGCUGCAGGAGGACAUCCAGUGCAGGUACAAUCUGGCUUGCCAUCGUCUGGAGACUCUCCUGCAGAACAUCGACCUGCCUCCUCUGAACAGUGCCAACAACGCCCAGUAUUUCUUAAGAAAGCCGGACAAGGUGGUGGAGGAGGACCAGCGCGUGUUCUCGGCCUACCAGGACUGCAUCCAGCUCCAGCUGCAGCUCAACCUGGCCCACCACGCCGUCCAGCGGCUGCGCGUGUCACUGGGAACCAGCCGGAAAGUGCUCCUCACCGCCGGGGCUCCCGAGGCCCAGGACCUGGUCCACGGUUCAUCUACGGAGCAGCUGAGGACCAUCAUCCGCUACCUGCUGGACACACUGCUCAGCCUGCUGCACUCCAACAACGGUCACUCAGUGCCCUCUGUGCUCCAGAGUACGUUCCAUGCUCAGGCCUGUGAGGAGCUCUUUAAGCACCUCUGCAUCAGUGGCACGCCUAAGAUCCGCCUUCACGCCGGCCUGCUGUUGGUGCAGCUGUGUGGAGGGGAGCGAUGGUGGGGCCAGUUCCUGUCCAACGUCCUGCAGGAGCUCUACAACUCCGAACAGCUGCUCAUCUUCCCCCAGGACAGGGUUUUCAUGCUCCUGUCCUGUAUUGGCCAAAGAUCCCUGAGUAACAGCGGCGUGUUGGAGGGUCUCCUGAACCUUCUGGACAGUCUGUUGUCUCCUCUUCAACAGCCACAAGCUGCUGCCCUGCGCAGGACGGAAGGUGUGUUGGACAUCCCCAUGAUCAGCUGGGUGGUGAUGCUGGUCUCCAGGCUGUUGGAUUACGUCGCCAGUAUAGAAGAUGAAGCAUCAGGAGGGAAGAAGCACCUGGGAGGGAAGGAGCGGGAGAGAAGUUUUACAGGUAUUCAGUGGAGCUUCAUCAAUAACAGCCUGCAGUCGCAGAACUCCAGCAGGUCGGCUAAAGGCAGCAGUAGUCUCGACCGUCUCUACUCCCGCAAGAUCCGCAAGCAGCUCGUACACCACAAACAGCAGUUAAAUCUGUUGAAAGCAAAACAGAAAGCUUUGGUGGAGCAGAUUGAGAAGGAGAAGAUCCAGAGCAACAAGGGCUCGUCUUACAAACUGCUGGUGGAGCAGGCCAAGCUCAAACAAGCCACGUCCAAGCACUUUAAAGAUUUGAUCCGUCUGCGGCGGACAGCUGAAUGGCCGCGUUCCACACUGGACACCGAGUCCACGACAGCCAAAGAAGCUCCGGAGGUGGAGCCGCUGCCCUUCACUCUGUCCCAUGAGCGCUGCAUCUCAGUGGUGCAGAAACUGGCCCUCUUCCUGCUCUCCAUGGACUUCACCUGCCACGCUGACCUUCUGCUCUUCGUCUGCAAGGUCCUCGCCAGGAUAGCCAACGCCACGCGACCCACCAUCCACCUGUGUGAGGUUGUGUCUGAGCAGCAGCUGGAGCGCCUGCUGCUGCUGCUGGUGGGCACCGACUUCAACCGAGGGGACAUCUCUUGGGGCGGAGCCUGGGCGCAGUACUCCCUCACUUGUAUGCUGCAGGACAUCCUGGCAGGUGAACUGCUGUCUCCAGGCUCUCUGGAUGUCAUGGACGAAGUAGCGGUGGGUGAAGAGGCCGGGGCGUCGUCCUCCUCAGCGGGGGCCGAUUCGGACGACUCCCUGCCCCAGCCGGCCCCCAUCCCCCUGGUGGAGAGUAUCGACGAGGCUCUGGUACCCGAUAUCAUCGCAGGUACAACCGGGACCUCCUCCGUUUUCCAAAGUGCUCCACCUCUGUCAUCUUUGGAAAAAGAUAAAGACAUAGACUUUGACUUGCUACAAGACCUGAUGGAUGUUGAUAUUGAUCCUUUAGAUAUUGAUUUGGAAAAAGAUCCUCUCGCUGCCAAAGUGUUUAAGCCCAUAAGCAGCACCUGGUAUGACUACUGGGGCGCUGACUAUGGCACAUACGGGUACAACCCGUACAUUGGGGGGGUUGGGAUCCCAGUGUCCAAACCUCCAGUUGCUGCUGAGAAGCCAGGGUCACAGGGUUUGUCGGUGUCAGUGUCACAGGCACUGGACGCCCGCCUGGAAGUGGGUCUGGAGCAGCAGGCUGAACUGAUGCUCAAAAUGAUGGCUACGUUGCAGGCUGACUCCAUCCUCCAGGCCCUCACCUCCAGCUCAUCCACAGUGAACCAGGCUUCUAAUGGGACGGAUGACUCCCUGCUGAGGGCUCUCCACACUGGAGGCUCUCCUCCCGGCAGCAGCCUGAUGGUCCAGCCCUCCUCCAUCCCCAUGCUUAGUGCCUGCUUCAACAAACUGUUCUCCAUGCUGCAGGUCCACCACGUACAGUUGGAGUCUCUGCUGCAGCUGUGGUUAACUCUCAGUCUCAACACGUGUUCUGGUGGCAGCGAAGAGAGUGGCUCCGACAUCUUCCUGUUCAAUGCCAGUCGAGUUCCCACCAUCCCCCUCAACCAAGCGUCCAUCAGCAGUUUUCUGACCGUUUUGGCGUGGUACCCCAACACCUCCCUGAGAACCUGGUGUCUGGUGCUGCACUCUCUCACCCUGAUGACCAACAUGCCAGCCACCGCCUCCAGCAGUGGGAUGAGUGCUCAGGACAGCACAGCCCAGCAGAUGGUGUCCGACCCCACUCUGGUUCACGUCCUGGUGCGCUUCCUCUCCGGCACCAGCACCAACGGAACCAGUCAGCACAGCUCUCAAGUGGGCCCCACCGCCACUCAGGCCAUGCACGAGUUUCUGAGCCGCCUGCAGGUCCACCUGUCCUCCACCUGUCCACAGAUGUUCAGCGAGUUCCUGCUCAAGCUCAUGCACAUCCUGUCCACCGAGAGGGGUCCGUUUCAGUCGGGUCAGGGUCCACUGGAUGCUCAGGUGAAGCUGCUGGAGUUCACCCUGGAGCAGAACUUUGAGGUGGUGUCCGUCUCCACCAUCUCCUCUGUCAUUGAGUCCAUUACCUUCCUGGUUCACCACUACAUCACCUGUUCAGAUAAAGUGGUGUCGCGCAGCGGUUCCGACAGCUCCGUGGGUGCCCGGGCGUGUUUCGGAGGUCUGUUCGCCAACAUCAUCAGGCCUGGAGACGCUAAAGCCGUCUGCGGCGAGACGACGCGAGAUCAGCUGAUGUUCGAUCUGCUGAAGCUGGUCAACGUUCUGGUGCAACUUCCUCUGUCAGGGGAUCGAGAGUUCAGCGGACGCCUGCCGCCGGCGGGCAGCGGGGCGGCCGACAGCAGCGUGUCGGACGAAGAGAAGGUCUGCGGCAGCAAAGAAAGUGUGGCGGGUGGCUCAGCGUCCAAUCAGGGCCCUCUUACAGGUGUGGCAGACCUGGUCCUGGCCAAUCAGCAGAUAAUGAGCCAGAUCCUGUCAGCGCUGGGACAGUGCAACAGCAGUGCAAUGGCCAUGAUCAUCGGGGCCAGCGGUCUCCAUCUGACCAAACACGAGAACUUCCACGGCGGUUUGGAUGCCAUCUCGGUGGGCGACGGCCUGUUCACCAUCCUCACCACUCUGAGUAAGAGGGCCACCUCAGUGCAGGUCAUGUUGCAGCCCAUCCUCACGUACAUGGCCUGUGGAUAUAUGGGGAGACAGGGUUCUCUGUCCACCUGUCAGCUGUCGGAGCCCCUUCUGUGGUUCAUUCUCAGAGUAUUGGAUACCAGUGAGGCGCUCAAGGCCUUCCAUGAUAUGGGUGGUGUACAGUUGAUCUGUAACAACAUGGUGACCAGCACACGGGCCAUCGUCAACACCGCACGCAGCAUGGUGUCCACCAUCAUGAAGUUCUUGGACUCGGGUCCUGGAAAGGCAGCAGACGGCAACCUGAAAGCCAGAGUGAUGACCUCAGAGCCAGACAACGCCGAAGGACUCCACAACUUCGCUCCUUUAGGCACCAUCACUUCCAGCAGCCCCACUGCACAGCCGGCUGAGGUGCUCCUCCAGGCCACGCCCCCUCACCGCAGAGCCCGGUCAGCAGCGUGGUCCUAUAUCUUCCUGCCAGAGGAGGCCUGGUGUGAUCUGACCAUCCACCUCCCAGCAGCUGUUCUGCUCAAGGAGCUCCACAUCCAGCCACACCUGGCGUCACUGGCCACCUGCCCGUCCUCCGUGUCGGUGGAGAUCAGUGCCGAUGGGAUCAACAUGUUGCCCCUUUCCACGCCGGUCAUCACCAGCGGUCUGACCUACAUAAAGAUCCAGUUGGUGAAGGCCGAGGUGGCGUCGGCCGUCUGCCUGAGGCUGCACCGGCCUCGGGACGCCAGCACCCUGGGUCUGUCUCAGAUUAAACUCCUAGGCCUGACGGCGUUCGGCAACACCUCCUCUGCAACCGUUAACAACCCGUUCCUACCCUCUGAGGACCAGGUCUCUAAAACCAGCAUCGGAUGGCUGCGUCUCCUUCACCACUGCCUCACUCAUGUCAGUGACCUGGAGGCCAUGAUGGCCAGUGCCGCCGCUCCCACGGCCAACCUGCUGCAGACCUGCGCGGCGCUGCUCAUGUCGCCGUACUGCGGCAUGCACUCCCCCAACAUCGAAGCUGUGCUGGUCAAGAUCGGCCUGCAGUCCACUCGCAUCGGCCUCAAACUCAUCGACAUUCUGUUAAGGAAUUGCGCCGCCUCUGGCACGGACCCUGCAAAUCUGAACAGUCCUCUGCUGUUCGGCCGACUCAACGGCCUCUCCUCAGACUCCACCAUAGACAUCCUGUACCAGCUCGGCACCACGCAGGACUCUGGAACCAAAGACCGAAUUCAGGCUCUCCUCCAGUGGGUCCACGACUCCUCGCGGGUCGCGGCCCAUAAGAUGUGCGGCCCCAUGGGAUACGCGGGUUCGUCAUCGUCCAGGGAGUACGGCCUCCUGAUGCCUUCGCCCUCUCACCUCCACUGUGUGGCGGCCAUUCUGUGGCACAGCUACGAGCUGCCAGUGGACUACGACCUGCCGGCGCUGCUCAACAGAGAGCUCUUCGAACUGCUGUAUAACUGGUCCAUGUCGUUGCCGUGUAACAUCGUGCUGAAGAAAGCCGUGGACAGCCUGCUGUGUUCCAUGUGUCAUAUCCACCCCAGUUACUUCUCCCUGCUCAUGUCUUGGAUGGGUAUCGUGUCGGUGCCCAGCGCCAGCCACUCUCAGGCCCAGCACCGCCGCCUCGCAAUGACCGACGAUGGCAAAAAGCAGCAUGAUGCCAACACCAACACCGCGGGACUCACGGACGACUCCAAACACGCCAGACCUCCAGUGAAUCUGUCCGAGUCGCAGCUGACCACUCUGGCGGCGGCCUCCCAGUCUCCAGGAGCCAUCGAGCAGCUUUUAGACUCGGGUUUGCCUUCGCUGCUGGUCCGCAGCCUGGCCCAGUUCUGCGUCGGCCUCCUGGCCAGCGCCGACCUGCCUCUUCCUGCCGCUCAGGCCGACAGACGACACCACCAUCAUCACUACCACCCCUCCUCCUCCUCAUCGUCGUCGUCAUCAUCAGUGCAUAGUCGUCCGCCGCUGGCUGCAGAGCUGGCGGCUCCGGUGCUGCGUUUCCUGACUGAAGUGGGCAACAGUCACGCCAUGAAGGACUGGUUAGGAGGGCCGGAGGUCAACCCGCUGUGGACGGCGCUGCUGUUCCUCCUCUGUCACUCCAGCGCUUCUGCCAGCACCAGCACCAGCUGCCAGUCUCUGGGCUCGGGUUCUCCGGCUGGACCUCCUCCUCCAGCCCCUCCUCAGUCCUCCGAGUCCCGCUUCUCAUUGGCGUCUUCUGGGCAGACGGGCGGGCUGACCACCCAGCAGAGGACGGCUCUGGAGAACGCCACGGUGGCCUUCUUCCUCCAGUGUAUCUCCUGUCACCCAAACAACCAGCGGCUCAUGGCUCAGGUUCUCUGUGAACUCUUCCAGUCAGCUCCUCAGCGUGGGAACGUACCCAUCUCUGGAAACAUCUCAGGCUUCAUCCGAAGGCUUUUCCUGCAGCUCAUGCUGGAGGAUGAGAAGGUCACAGUGUUCCUGCAGUCUCCUUGUCCACUGUACAAAGGACGCAUCAAUGCCACCAGUCACAUGAUCCAGCACCCCAUGUACGGAGCAGGACACAAAUACCGCACCCUCCAUCUGCCCAUCUCCACUACGCUGGCUGAGGUCCUGGACCGGGUCUCUGAUACCCCGAGCAUUACGGCCAAACUGAUCAAUGAGCAGAAGGAGGACAAAGAGAAGAAGAACCAUGAGGAGAAGGAGAAGAUGAAAGCAGACAACGGUUUCCAGGAUAAUUACAGUGUUGUCGUCGCUUCAGGCCUGAAAUCUCAGUCCAAGCGAGCUUUGUCGACCCCUCCCCGUCCCCCAUCAAGAAGGGGCCGAGUGAUGAGCGACAAGCUGACGGCCUCCUCCGGCGUCGACGCCUCAGCCAAAACUAUCAGUGUGCCUGUCUUCCACCUCUACCAUAAACUACUGCCAGGUCAGCCUCUCCCUCCUGAGAUGACCCUGGCUCAGCUCCUAACGCUGCUGUACGACCGUAAGCUGCCGCAGGGGUACCAGUCCAUCAACCUGACCGUCAAACUGGGCUCCAAGGUCAUUUCUGAUCCGGGUCUGUCCAAGACCGACUCCUUCAAGAGGCUUCGCACCGAGAAAGGCCCUCUGUUUGCUCUCCUUGCAGUGGAUCACUGCGACAUGCUGAACAGCUGUCCCGAGGACGAGCCCAUGACGCCCGGUGACGAGUGUCCGGACUCGGCCACCGACGAGUCUCUGCUGGAGACCAACCCCAUCCAGUCCCCCCUGCAGGUGUUCGCAGGUAUGGGCGGCCUGGCCCUGAUCGCUGAGAGGCUGCCCAUGCUGUACCCAGACGUCAUUCAGCAGGUCAGCGCCCCGGUGGUGCCGUCCGCCACUCAGGAGAAACCCAAGGACAGCGACCAGUUCGAGUGGGUGACCAUCGAGCAGUCGGGCGAGCUGGUGUACGAGGCUCCGGAGUCCAUCGCCGCCGAGCCCCCUCCCAUCAACAAGCAGCAGUCGCAGUCGUCCUCGUCGUCUUCGUCGUCGGUGCAGACCAUGUCGCCCAUCCCCGCCCACUCGCUGGCAGCCUUCGGCCUGUUCCUGCGCCUGCCGGGCUACGCCGAGGUGCUGCUGAAGGAGAGGAAGCACGCCCAGUGUCUGCUGAGGCUGGUGUUGGGCGUCACCGACGACGGAGAAGGCAGUCACAUCCUGCAGUCUCCAUCUGCAAACGUGUUGCCCACAUUACCCUUCCACGUCCUGCGGGCCUUAUUCAGCAGCACCCCUCUGACCACAGACGACGGCGUUCUGCUGCGCCGCAUGGCUCUGGAGAUCGGCGCCAUCCACCUGAUCCUGGCGUGUCUGUCGGCUCUGAGCCACCACGCACCGCGAAACCCCAACGCCAGCACCAGCGUGUCAGAGCCACAGAUAUCCAGUUGUCACGGUGGUGGAACCAGUGAGGAGCAGCAGCUGUACUGGGCCAAGGGAACUGGUUUUGGUACCGGUUCCACAGCCUCUGGCUGGGACGUGGAGCAGGCUCUGACCAAACAACGGCUGGAAGAGGAGCAUGUCACAUGUCUACUGCAGGUCUUGGCGAGUUACAUCAAUCCGGCCGGCUCCGGCAGCUGCCACGGCGCUGACGGAUCUGCAGCUGACAGCAGAGCUCACAACAGCUCAGCUCUUCCGGCGGUGCUGCAGGAGCUGCUGAGCCAGAGCUGCCUCAUCCCCGCCAUGUCGUCCUACCUACGCAACGACUCAGUUCUGGACAUGGCCCGUCAUGUCCCCCUGUACCGGGCUCUGCUGGAGCUGCUCAGAGCCAUCUCCACCUGUACUGCUCUGGUCCCCCUGCUCCUACCUCUGUCCGGAGACCCGGGUCACGAGGAGGAAGAGGAGGAUGAAGAGCACUCUGAGGGACAGACUUCUGUUGGAAUGCUCCUGGCAAAGAUGAAGACAUGCGUGGACACGUAUACUAAUCGACUCAGAUCCAAGAAGGAUAAGAGUAAAGGUGUGGUGAAGAGCGAUAGCUCAGAUCCAGAGCCUGAGGGUUUGACUCUGCUGGUUCCUGACAUUCAGAGGACUGCAGAGAUUGUCUACGCUGCUACCACCAGCCUGAGGCAGGCCAACCAGGAGAGGAAACUGGUGGAGUCCUCCAGGAAGGCGUCGAGUCGGCCAAAGCCCCUGUCAAUCCUCCGAUCUCUGGAGGAAAAAUACGUAGCUGCCAUGAAGAAGCUCCAGUUCGACACUUUUGAAAUGGUUUCGGAGGACGAGGAUGGCAAACUGAUGUUCAAAGUGAACUACCACUACAUGUCUCAAGUGAAGAACGCCAGUGACACGAACAGCGCAGCGCGGUCGCGUCGCCUGGCUCAGGAGGCCGUCACUCUGUCCACGUCUCUGCCUCUGUCCUCGUCCUCCAGCGUCUUCGUCCGCUGCGAUGAGGAGAGACUGGACAUCAUGAAGGUUCUCAUCACAGGCCCGGCCGACACACCGUACGCCAACGGCUGCUUCGAGUUCGAUGUGUAUUUCCCCCAGGACUAUCCCAACUCGCCCCCCCUGGUCAAUCUGGAAACCACAGGAGGACACAGUGUGCGCUUUAACCCCAACCUCUACAAUGACGGCAAAGUGUGUUUAAGUAUCCUCAACACUUGGCAUGGUAGACCAGAGGAGAAGUGGAACCCCCAGACCUCCAGCUUCCUCCAGGUGCUGGUGUCGGUGCAGUCGCUCAUCCUGGUGGCAGAACCGUACUUCAACGAGCCGGGCUACGAGCGCUCCCGCGGGACCCCCAGCGGCACCCAGAGCUCCAGGGAGUACGACGGCAACAUCCGGCAGGCCACGGUCAAAUGGGCCAUGCUGGAGCAGAUGCGCAACCCCUCCCCCUGCUUCAAAGAGGUGAUCCACAAACACUUCUACCUGAAGCGAACAGAGAUCAUGUCGCAGUGCGAGGAGUGGAUCGCCGACAUCCAGCAGUACAGCAGCGACAAGAGGGUGGGCCGCACCAUGUCCCAUCAUGCAGCUGCACUAAAGAGACACACAGCUCAGCUCAGAGAGGAGCUUCUGAAGCUGCCCUGUCCUGACGGCCUGGAGCCCGACGGCGACGAGUUCUCCGAGAAGAGCGCCGCCCUCAUCCUCAAAGAGCUGCCCAAUCAGGACGCAGAGAAGCCCGGCGGCAGCCAGGACGGCGAGGGCCAGCUAUGAGGCCCCGCCCCCUUUCUCCUAUCUCCCUCCCAGCAUCCCCCGCUCUUCCUCCUCUUUCCUCCUGAUGAUGAUGAUGAUGAUGAUGAUUACUCGUAAAGACUCGCUGGCUUCCGAGGCCGAGCCACCACUUUGUCCAUAUUUGUAUGUAAAGAUCUAAUCGCAGAAUAGACGACGACAACGCGGGGCUGAAAAACUUUUAUUUACCUGUACAAGAGUGUAAACAUUUUGUGCUUUUUUCCAAUUGUGAAAUAACCACUGAUUGGUAUGUUAUUAAACUUGUUUAUGUAUACAUAAUGGCAGAGGAAAAUUACAGAUUAUAUAAGGGAAAACUACCUUUAGAGAAAGAAUGUUUACUGAAUGUUCAUUUUUCUUUUUUUUUUUUUUUCCUUUUUGACUGUUAGAGCAUUGUAACUGAGGAUAUAUUGGUCGUUCUUUAAGGAUACUAUUUAAAAAAAAAACUAAAAAAAACAGAAAGAGGGGAAAAGGACACACACAUAACCCAAUCAGAGAAAACCAUGUAAAAAGGCGACCCCCCCCCCCCCCCCCCCCCCCGGCCCCCCCCACAGGUCAUCUGCUGCUUCGUUUCAGUUUCUAGGAUCAUGACCACGCCAGGAAAACGGCCCAGACCCACCCAGCUCCUCCCCUUCCUCUUCCUUCUCUUCUUCCUCUUCCUCCACCCCCCCCCCCCCCACCCCCCCACCUCUCAGAACCCUCCAUGACAUGACUGUAGAUCAGAAGACGGACGCGUGUCGGAUUCCACACGGGGAAACCUGAUUGGCCGGUGCAUGUGUAUGUGUGUUCUCUGUGCGUGUGCAACAAUCCCUAGUGAGAUACAAAAGCUGUGAUGUGCCUUUGAUCUACACCAUACUACCACCAAAUACUCCGACUGAGUACCUUCGACUCGUUUUCUUUUGCUCUUUCUACAAACGAAAAUAACUCUGCUCCGUCUGACUUACAGAGAAGAAGAAGAAAAAAAAACUGCUUUGAUCUUUUUUUAUUAUGUUGACUCCAGUGAACAAAAAUGCACUUUCUAUUUUACUCACUCCUACAGUCACAUUCUCCUUUUGCUAGGACAUUAAAUGGAGCUUGAAAGUA